AUGGAGACCCAGUUCCACCAGUACUACCGUGAGUCCGGCGGCAAGAGCAAUCCAGAGUUCUCGGAUUCGGUCUAUGUGUCUCUUCGGCUGUACCUCUACCGUCUGAGGGCUGAAUGCUGGCGCAGCCUGUCGCAGCCGCAGAUGGCGCUGGGGUGGGCCAAAGAAUUCCUUCGCAUCGGUUCUCUUCCGGCCAGCAUCUACGCGAGCAAUGGGAGCUUGUCCAUAUUCUCCGUGGUCGACGUGUUUCGAGACAUGCACGAGGUUGAUUCGAUGCGACAGCUGCUCCAGAUCUUGGACCGGUGGGUGGUCGCUUUCCCGGCGCUACGCAGCGCCAAGCGCAGAUGCGCGGCGGUCCUGGGCUCGCCGGAUUUCUCCUCCUCCUCCUCCGCACCUCCGCCAUUCCCCACGCCACAAGCCGCGCGGCUGCCCUCCUCUUCUUCGCCGUCGUCGUCAUCUUCAUCUUUACCGUCGUCCGGCCCCGACCCGCGCAUCACCUGA